AAACAACUGCUUCCUCUUCACAACUCACUCUGCUUGACCGCAUUCGACCACAAAUUCUCACCUUCACACACAACAUGGCCGCCACUCUACUCCGUCAAAACGCUCUGCGUACCGCCAUUCGAUCCGCUGCUCCAUCGACCGCGAAGCGAGCAGCUCUCGCAAGCACCACCUUCACUCGCGGCAAAGCCACUCUCCCAGAUCUCGCCUACGAUUAUGGCGCCCUCGAGCCAGCGAUUUCCGGCCAGAUCAUGGAGCUCCACCACUCCAAGCACCACAACACUUACGUGACCUCAUACAACACCCAGAUCGAGAAACUGCAAGAGGCGCAAGCGAAGGGUGAUAUUCAGGCUCAGAUCGCCAUUCAGCCGAUGAUCAAUUUCCACGGAGGCGGCCACACCAACCACACUCUCUUCUGGGAGAACCUCGCACCCAAGGCUCAAGGUGGUGGCGAGCCACCAAGCGGCGCUCUCUCCAAGUCCAUUGACUCGCACUUCGGCUCGCUCGACAAGCUCAAGGAGAAGAUGAACACUGCUCUUGCUGGCAUUCAAGGCUCUGGCUGGGCCUGGUUGGUGCAAGACACUCAGACCGGAGCCAUUCAGAUCAAGACGUACGCGAACCAGGACCCAGUUGUGGGCCAGUUCCGUCCACUCCUCGGGAUCGACGCGUGGGAGCAUGCGUACUAUCUCCAGUACCAGAACCGCAAGGCCGAGUACUUCGGUGCUAUCUGGGAUGUGAUCAACUGGAAGGCGGCAGAGAAGAGGUUCCAGUAGAUGUGGGAAGGCUGAACGAAAGACCCUUGCGCCAGACUGUGUAUAAUACGAACGGCUCUAAGAUGAGUUAAUACCUGUUCCGAAUCCAAUUGCAC